AUGUUGGAAGAAUAUAUUCUGUUGUGCUGUCAAGAUGAAGCCGGUGGUUUCCGUGAUAAGCCCGACAAGUCACGAGAUCUCUACCACACCUGUUAUGUUCUCAGCGGUCUAGCAGUUGCACAGGCUUACUCGUCCACUCGCGAACCUGACGGAGUGCUCGGUGGAGCCCAGAAUGUUGUGGUGCCCAUCAACCCCGUGUUCAAUCUCACUACUUUAAGCGAACAGUUUGCUAACUUCGAUCAAACAAACGUAAAGGAGCCGAAGUCAAACGAACUCCCGGUGGCGCGAGAUUCAGGGAGUAGUGGCAAGAAACACAAGGCGAAUGGUUUGAAACAACCUUUAGUGAAGCAUCACGAAGGCCAGAAGUGGUACAGCUAUCAGAUCAAUGAAAUAAUCGAUGAUCCCAUCAAGGAUACUCUUGGAACUGCUGAUCUGUUAGCUUUGGAGGAAGAAGCGGACGAAUUCCUCAAAGCUGAUAUUGAUCUUUAUAACCAACGUAAGAUUUUUUGA